AUGGUUCACAUCAAGGCUGCCGCUGUUGCACUGAUCUUCGCUGGUUCGGCGAUCGCUGCUCCCGCCGCCGACAUUGAAUGUCGCCAGGCCUCCACCAGCGUCGAUGCCAAGUUCAAGGCUCAUGGCAAGAAGUACUUUGGUAACAUUGCCGACCAGUACACCUUGACCAAGAGCCCCAAGCCCGCGGCUAUCAUCAAGGCCGACUUUGGUCAACUCACUCCGGAGAACAGCAUGAAGUGGGAUGCCACUGAGCCUUCCCGUGGCAAGUUCAACUUUGGUGGCUCUGACUACCUGGUCAACUUCGCCACGCAGAACAACAAGAUGAUCCGUGGCCACACUCUCGUCUGGCACUCCCAGCUCCCCCAGUGGGUCCAGAACAUCGGUGACCGCAACACCCUCACCCAGGUCCUCAAGGAUCACAUCACCAACGUGAUGGGCCGCUACAAGGGCAAGAUCUACGCCUGGGACGUCGUCAACGAGAUCUUCAACGAGGACGGUACCAUGCGCAACAGCGUCUUCUACCGUGUUCUCGGCGAGGACUUUGUCCGUAUCGCUUUCGAGACUGCUCGCUCCGUUGACCCCAACGCUAAGUUGUACAUUAACGACUACAACCUGGACAACGCCAACGGCUCCAAGCUGAAGGGUAUGGUCAGCCACGUCAAGAAGUGGAUCUCUCAGGGUAUCCCCAUCGACGGUAUUGGUUCCCAGAGCCACUUGGAGGCCGGUAUGGGUGCCGGUGUCCCUGCCGCCAUCAACGCCCUCGCCAGCGCCGGUACCAAGGAGCUUGCCAUCACCGAGCUCGACAUUGCCGGUGCCGGUUCCACCGACUACGUCAACGUUGUCAAGGCUUGCCUCAACCAGCCCAAGUGUGUUGGUAUCACCGUCUGGGGUGUCUCUGACAAUGACUCGUGGCGCUCUAACAAGUCCCCCUGCCUCUUCGACAGCAACUACAACGUCAAGCCCGCAUACAACGCCAUCACCGCUGCUCUCUAA